GACAGCAGCAGGCGGACGAGAGGACGAGGGCUGCGCAGUGGGCACCUGGCUCCGCUCCCCUCUGCUGCACACACGGAGGGUGGCAGUGGGAGAGCGAGGGGCUGAGCACAGCGAGCAUGCAGUGCACACUGCGCACACCUGAGCAGGCAAUGCACGCUGCACACGCUGAGCACACGGCGCCCCAAACUGCUCUGGGUGAGAUCUCCAGCAGGAUUUCAGAUCUGGACAAAUGGAGGAAAAUCUUCAGCUUCUGUGGCCGGGAAGGCAGUCAGACCGCCCCCCAGGUGGGUGUUUCUGCCCCGGGUUGCGCUGUGCUCCCAUCCGCAGACACUGCAGUCCCCCGCGGUGCCCACACGGAGCUGCUCACACUCCUCGGAACACGUCUGUCUUGUGUGGCCAAUUUAAGAACACAGGGAAAAAAAGCUAUGAAAUGAAGGCCCACACGAUGUGUUUGGACGCUGCCCCGCGCUCAGGCUGACAAGCACAGAUGUGUCCGGGAGUCCAAAUAUUCUUUCACACCGUCAUCAUUCCCUUCUGUGGGAGUUGUUUUUAACAGCGGGAGCCAGUUGGAAGUGAGAUGCACAAACGUGUAUGUACCCAACACGGAUGUGCCUCAUCUGCAGCGCAACCACUCAGGACUGUAACAGACAUUUGGGAGUGAAUGCCACACACCUCUUAGAGCAACCAUUUGUAACCAAAACCUGAGUUUGCCCUGUUUGAAGCAGAAAUAUCUGCAGUCGCUGUUGGUUUGUUAGCACUCCAAAACACUCUGCAGAAGAGUUCAGCUGCUCAGCUUCGUGCCCAAAGGUGGCAGCGGGUGGUGAAGGGCAGUGAGGGCCGAGCGUGGCGCAGGGAGGGCAGGGAGCGAGCGGGAGCUGGGAGGAGGGAUCCUGGAGCAGGGAGCCCCCAGCGGCGGCUCUGUCUCCCCACAGGGACCCGCGGGCUGUGGGCAUGGAGCAGUGGGCACCAGAGGAGCCGCGGAGCCACGUGUGCCACCUGCAGAGGCACAGCAGGCGGGGCGGCCCAUCCCCAUGGACAUGGCAACGGCACUGCGGACGCUGCUGCUCGGGAACGCAUCGCGCACCUUCAGCCAGGACUGGGCAGGGGCGUACUUCAGGUUCCGUGAGCCGCGCUCUGACCUGGCCUACGCUCUGGAGGCUGAGAAGGGAGGAACGAGAGCCAUUGUGAUGGCUGUGCAGGCGAACAUCAUUAAAUACCUGCUCUUCAUGAAGAACACAGAACAUACUCAUCUGGAGAGACUGUGCAAAAUCAGCCAGAAGGAGCAAGGAGAGGCCCUGGCUGCAGCGCUGGCGGACAGCCUGUGGGCAGCAGGGGACGGCCGGAGAGCCACCGUCUGCCUCCUCACUGCAGCCACCCACUGCUCCCCUCCUGCGGGCUACAAAGCCGACAGCUUCACUGAGCGGAUCCACCUGUUCGAGUUCCCCGAGAAAGCAGCAGCUCAGGAGUUCAUCUUUGACCAUAUUGGCUGUUUCCGAGAUGAAGGAAGUCACGGACUGAUCCUGUUCUUAUACAGCUUACUUUUCUCUAGGACGCUGGAGCGGGUCCAGGAGGAGCUGUGUGCUGCAACGCCACAUCUGUUGGAAUGCAGUUCUGGAAACGUCAGCUGCACGCAGGCGCUGCUCCUGCUCGUCCUGGCGGGCCGCACGCAGCCCGGGCAGCGCAGCGAGGUGGGCUUCCUGCGCUGGGGCGGAGAGGAGGCCGAGCACCGCCUGUCCCCGGUUGGCAGCAUGCUGAAAACUCCCAAGUUCCCUAUCUGGCUGUGCAGCAUCAACGGGACUCACAGUGUCCUCUUUGGCACCAACCAGCUGCUCCUGUCCGACUGGAAGAUGGAGCACGUCUUUCACCUGUACUUCUACAACGGGCAGCACAAGCAGACGAGAACAGCCCACCUGACCAUAGGUGUGUGCCCGACCCCCCCAGGGCACUGCGCUGUGGGCAUCACGUACAGAUGUGUGCAGGACUGCCUAUGUGCACAGCUCUGCACGUCCAGCCCCUCACACAGCCCAUGCUGCACCCACACACUGAUGCGCACAUACAGCACACAUUUGUAUUUUCCCACCCAGGAGCAAAGUGCCCCCAGGCACCCGCACUCCCCCGGAGCCCCACACACCUUCAGAACUGUGCUUCACUUCCAGAUACCCACUCACAUCACUGGGAAGAGGGCCGCUGUGAGGCUGCGAGCAGCCCGGGGAGGAGGGCUCCGUCACUGGAGAUGGCCAUCAGGACCAAGUGGCCCGGGGCGGCCGUCGGGUGGAACGGCACACAGCCCUUCUUCUGAGCUGCCCCCCACCACAGCACCACCACCAGCACCAGGAGCAGGGCCAUCGCUGGCACCGCCACAGCCCUCAGCCGGAGCUGGCAGGGGAAAGGAAACAGCAUGGCAACGUGGUCAUUUCCUCCCAGGCAGAGAUGUUCAAGAAAUAAAAGUGUGUCAUGAAAGUGCUGACCACAGUGAGAGGUUAAGUAAUAUUAAGUGCUGACAAUGCUGUACGCAUCAAA